UUCUGUGAGGUUAUGAGACUACUCAGGGCUGUGUGCACAGCUGUGCCCCGGGGUACCAGAACAUGCUCUGGAGGGACACACAAUGAAGUUAGGCUCCGCUUUGCUCCCAGCCCUACAGGCUUUCUUCACUUGGGUGGGCUGCGCACCGCACUCUACAAUUAUCUUUUUGCGAAGAAGCAUGGCGGAUCUUUCAUUCUACGACUCGAAGACACAGACAGGAGCCGCCUGGUUCCUGGAGCAGCUGAAGGCAUAGAAGACAUGUUGGAGUGGGCAGGGAUUCCACCAGAUGAGAGUCCAAGAAGAGGGGGACCGUUUGGCCCUUAUGAACAGUCCAAGCGGCUAAAUCUCUACCAUGAGGCUACACAGACUCUUUUGGAAAGUGGGGCGGCUUACCAUUGUUUCUGCACCCCGCAGAGACUGGAGCUGCUGAAGAAAGAAGCUCUGAGAAACCGAGAGACUCCACGGUACGACAAUCGUUGCAGACAUUUAUCCUCGGCACAAAUACAGGAAAAACUGUCCAAAAAUGUGCCAUUUGUAGUGCGGUUUCAGCUGGUGGAGGGAGCUCAUUCUUUUAAGGACUUGCUUUUUGGCUGCAUUCAUCAUGACGUGGCAAGCAUAGAAGGGGAUCCGGUGAUCCUGAAAGGAGAUGGUUUUCCCACCUACCAUUUGGCCAAUGUGGUAGACGAUCACAAAAUGGCUGUGAGUCACGUCCUUAGAGGAGAGGAAUGGCUGGUCUCCACCUCUAAGCAUCUACUCCUAUUCCGUGCAUUGGGAUGGCAACCUCCGUCGUAUGCUCACCUCCCACUCCUUCUCAACAAAGAUGGCAGCAAACUGUCCAAACGACAGGGGGACAUAUUUAUCCAGCACUACGCCAAGAGUGGAUACCUGCCGGAGACCCUGCUCGACAUUAUUUCAAACUGUGGAUCAGGAUUUCUUGGAAAUCAGAUGGGCCGUACUCUGCCUGAACUAAUAGAGCAGUAUGAUCUGGAAAGAGUCGGCACUCACUCAGCUCUCAUAGACCUGAAUUAUCUCCCCGAGUACAACAGGAUUCAUCUAUCCAAGAGGAUUGACAACCUAGAUAGUCGGGCAGAGCUGGUCACGAAGCUUCAGACUCUACUGCAGGAUAAAUACAAAGACAUGACGUUUAAUAAAGACUACAUUGAGAAGACACUGAUAUUGAGGAAGGGUCACCUGUGCAUGCUUACAGACCUCCUGUCUCCAGAUUACUCCUAUUUGUGGGUUCGGCCCUCUAUACACCUCAAAGAUCUGCACAGCUUGUCAAGUGAGGCUGCUGAGAUUGGGAGUCUGGUUGUGGGGAUUCUACAGAAGAGCCAGAAUGACACCAAUGUGGAAACAUUAAAUAAAGAUCUCAAGGUCCAUCUGCAGCAGCUGAAAGCUACAAAGUACAGUGUUUCCAUGAAAAUUCUACGCAGGAUUCUGAGUGGCUUGGAGGCUGGCCCCAGUGUGGCCGAGAUGAUGGUGGCUUUGGGUCCUCAGGAAUCUAUAGCACGGAUACACAAUGCUCUGUCUAGCUGAAGACGAGAUAUGUGGACUGACUGGAUCUGAA